AUGCGCAGUGAGUACACUGGAAGACGGAAGUAGAAAAGUUCUAAGAGAGAAUAUGAUUUUUCUGCAAAAAGCAACAUUUGACCAGCUGUGUUAGAUUUUGUACUUUAAUAUUUUAAAUGAUGUUGAUAUUAAAGCGAUUUUGUCCAUUGUUUAAGUGUUUCAGUUGAUCUAAGGUGUACUACAACUUGGUGGCCAAGAGUGGACAUGUGUUUAUAUUAGAUACAAACUGGUAGAGAUAAAGUUGUGAUGGAUUGAACACCUUUCUGAAGCUGAAAUAAUUGUGAAAGUGGAUUUACAGAACAAUAAGAACAAAAGUAGUUUGAAUGUGAUUCUAACAUGAGAGGCAUUAUUGUGUGUAUGGAGAAGACUACAUCAUUGGUUAUAUGGGAAACAUGAGGCAUGAAGUCAGCUUGAAGUAAGGUGAAUUUUGUACCCUUCAUAGACAAGAGCAUUGACCUGCUAGAAUAUAAGCAAACUGGAAGCUAACUAAGAGUUGUUUCCCAUGAAAGCAAGGGAGAUAAUCUAGUUUUAUGGAAGCCCAAAUAUGUGAAUUGAGUUACUUCUAUUAAAAGAAGAGGAAUAGAUUUGAAUUUUCCUGGAAGCCAACAAUUGGUGAUUCAAAGGAUCUUCCAUGAAAUCAAGGGAUUUAAUUUAGUGUGGUCAAAGGUGAUUUGACCGUUCAUGAGGAGAAGAGAGAAGAAAAUACCAUACAACAAUGUCUUUUCACUGGCAGAAACUGAGUCCUGGAGAAUUUCACCAGCUUCAGGAAUAUACAUCAUAUUCUAACAAGAAGUUGAAAGAUGUACUGGAAGAGUUCAAUAAUAAUGGAGUUCUAUCCAAGUACAACCCAGAGGAGCCAAUUGAUUAUGAGGGAUUUCAUCUGUUCAUGGAGACCUACCUGGAAGCUGAUAUUGGUGAAGAUUUGUGUAGGCAUUUAUUCUUGUCUUUUAAUAAAAAAUCGCCCACAGCUCUCCUACCACAAGGCGGUGGUAACAAGGAGUUUGGUGUUAAAGAUGUUGCUGCAGUAGCGUCUCAGACUGUUUGUGCACCAAUAACUCAUCAAACAACAGAGAUACAUGUAGACAAUAAACAGGAGAGAAGUGGAUUAGCAGAAAAACUUCAUGGAAUAACAGAAAAAUUACACAGUCUCGGCCAUAGUGGAGAUAAAGGAAUGGCAUCAAACCCAGCCAUAGAAAAAGCUCAAUCCAGUGAUAAAGAUUAUGAUGCAUCAAACCACUCCAGAUCAUCAUCUAAGAAAUCCGAUCAUAGUAUCCACAGUGUUGUUAAUGGUUGGUAUCAUUUAAAACAUUCUCCAUUAUUUUUUUAG